CGCCUGAAAGUCAUCGCAGGCACAUCCUACACACCAGAAACCCACGAAACCGUCACUGUAAAUAAUACCUCUCCUCUACAAUUGAAAAGCGACCACUUAACCAGCAAUCUCUGGGUCCGCAUCAAAGACUACACAGGCUACCCAACCACCUCCCCCAAAACCAACCCCUACUUCGACACCCCCCCAUUCAACCAAAACCUUUUCUCCCUCACCUUCACAAUCAACUUCACCCAUGACGUAAACGGCAACGACCUCAUCUUCGGAAAUGACUUCGACCAUCCGAUCCGCUCAUACCUACCCACUGGGUUUGGCACGGCGCUGAAGAUAGUCAAAUCUACACUCGACCCGUCAUUAGACGGUGACGCAUACGCCGAUAAGCCAUAUUUAUAUAGUCCUGGACUGGCGUCGUGGAACCAGUUCUCGAUUGGAGAUAAGCAGGAAGUUGGUGGGGAUGAGGACAAUGUCAUAGUCCAAGAAGGCGGCACAGGGUCUGGUGUGGAUGCUCGGAAAGAGUAUAAUAUUCCUGAUAGCUCCUCUUCACGAAGAUCCCAUUUUCAGAAUGAGGAGAGAAGAAAGGGAUUUGUCUUUGAGAAAGGGAGGACGUAUGCGGCGGAUUUUGGGAAUGGGUAUUUGGAUUUCAACGAGUUCGCCAUUCGGAUUCCCGGGUUUAGCUUUCAUAUUGGGAAAUAUGUCAGUGAUAAGAAUAACGUGUUGCGGUAUGUGCUAAAGAAUCGAACGACCGGGGAGGUGUAUUUGGUGAUUUGCUUGACGGUGGUGUUG